ACAAUGGCACAACAUAAAUAGAUAGACCACGUACUCUCCGUGGACUGAACUCCACUUGAACAUUAACGCACCUAAACCUUAACGACCGGAAAUCGUGAUCUUCCAAACCCAGAUAGAUCUUCACAUUUUAAUUCCAGACGAAGCAGCGGUUUCAUUUUUCCAAACAGCAGCAGAGAGAUGGCCACCAAGACAAGAUUGGUCUCCGUCACUCUUUUGUGGAUUCUUGUUCUUUUUGCUACCCUUGCUUUCAUUCAGAAUCGUUUAAGCGAUGUUGGGGUUUCAUCGGAGCAGAAAAUCGCUAGUACUAAGCUCACUCAGGAAGAGAAUGUAGAGGAGGAACUGGAUGAGGUGACCCACAAAGUUUACUUUGACAUUGAGGUUGGUGGAAAACCCAUUGGUCGCAUAGUCAUGGGCCUCUUUGGAAAGACUGUUCCUAAUACCACAGAAAACUUUCGCGCACUUUGCACGGGGGAAAAAGGGAUUGGAAAGAGUGGGAAACCUCUCCAUUACAAAGGAAGUACAUUCCACAGGAUUAUUCCCAACUUCAUGAUCCAGGGUGGUGAUUUUACCCAUGGUGAUGGGCGGGGUGGAGAGUCAAUCUAUGGGGAUAAGUUUGCUGAUGAAAAUUUUAAGCUGAAACACACUGGACCAGGGCUGCUGUCAAUGGCAAAUGCUGGACCAGACACCAAUGCAUCGCAGUUCUUCAUUACAACUGUCAUAACUGGCUGGUUGGAUGGCCACCACGUUGUCUUUGGCAAGGUGCUUUCUGGGAUGGAUGUUGUCCGCAAGAUUGAAACUGAAGGAAGACAGAGUGGGGAGCCUAUAAGCAAAGUUGUUAUAUUAGAUAGUGGUGAAAUGCCUUUGUGACAGCCCUCCUUAUCGCUUGUAAUGUGAAAAUGGUGAUUGACAGUAAUUUUGCUCUGUUUCAAUGUGAAUACAACUUUCACGUAAUGACCAAGUAAAAUUUCCAUACCAUCUUGGCUUAAAAUAGUUUCUAUAUCGUAGUUCAUUAAAGCAAAAGCUCUUUAAGCAGAUUUGAGCUUGUUUCAUA